UGCAGCGCGCGCUCGAGUCGCCCCCUUCCUCCCCCGAGCGCGGGCCGGCGGGCCGUGCCCCGCAGACCCUCACUGGGCACCCACCACUCCACUAGGCGCUGCUCUAGCCAUGGGCAGCUUCCAGCUGGAAGACUUCGCGGCGGGCUGGAUCGGAGGUGCGGCCAGCGUCAUUGUCGGCCACCCUCUGGACACGGUCAAGACUCGCCUGCAGGCUGGCGUCAACUACAGGAACACCCUCAGCUGCAUCCGCACCGUGUACAGGAGGGAGAGUGUCUUUGGCUUCUUCAAGGGCAUGUCCUUUCCCCUCGCCAGCAUCGCCGUCUACAACUCGGUGGUGUUCGGGGUCUUCAGUAACACGCAGAGGUUCCUCAGCCAGCAUCACUGCAGGGAGCCCGGGGCCGGCCCAACCGGAGCCCUGCCCGACCUUCUCCUGGCCAGCAUGGUGGCCGGCGCCGUGUCCGUGGGGCUGGGUGCGCCUGUCGACCUCAUCAAGAUCCGGCUGCAGAUGCAAACACAGCCGCUCCGGGAAGCCCACCUUGGUUUGGGACCCAGGGCAGUGGCUCUUGGGAAGCCGCCAGUCUAUCAGGGGCCUGUGGAUUGCAUUGCAACCAUCGUGCGGACCGAGGGCCUGACAGGGAUGUACCGGGGCUUGGGCGCCAUGCUGCUGAGGGACAUCCCGGGCUACUGCCUCUACUUCAUCCCCUAUGUCUUCCUGAAUGACUGGAUCACGCCCGAGGCCUGCACAGGACCCAGCCCCUGUGCCGUGUGGCUGGCAGGCGGCGUGGCAGGAGCAAUUUCUUGGGGGACAGCAACUCCUAUGGAUGUUGUGAAAAGUCGACUCCAAGCUGAUGGGGUUUAUUUAAACAAAUACAAAGGUGUCCUGGAUUGUAUCUGCCAGAGUUACCAGAAGGAAGGACUUAAAGUGUUUUUCAGAGGCAUCACGGUGAACGCUGUGCGUGGCUUCCCCAUGAGUGCCGCCAUGUUCCUUGGGUAUGAGCUCUCGCUGCAGGCGCUUCGCGGGGACCACGCCGUGACCAGCCCCUGAGCGCCAGAAAGAUCCCUGCAGCCCAAGGAAUCUAAAGAAAGAAACCUGAGUUGGUCCUGAAGGCAUGGCAUCUCUAGAACCCUCAGUAGUGAACUUACUGAAGAGAAAGAAGGUCUCCCCUUCGCCCAUGCUGUGGGUCAGGUGGGCCCUCAGCCCUCUGCCCUGACCUCAGAAUCCCUUCUUUCCUGAGGACUCUGCUCCUGAUCUCCCGGCCGGGACCACUCAGCUGCUGCCUGGGAGGGAACUGUUGGACCAUAGACUGACCACCAGCUACUUCUGAUCCACAUUGGCCUGAAUACAAAGCAGGAUAAAAAUCACCGCUGUCCCCGCACCAGCUGUUAUACUCGCUGGGAGUUCAUGGAGGAGCUCAAUUGUCUCCAUGUUUCCAAAUAAAAACACUGGAAACCUCUUCAGGUCAUUUCUCAAUCAGAUGCUUCUCCCUGGCUUCUGCGGGACACUGGCCACCCUCGUUCUUCCCUCUGUUUAGAUCGCUGUGGAUGGUGCUGGCCCAAAGAGCCUGCUCCAUGCAGGUAAGAGGAGAAACCAAGGAUGGCAGUCGUGCUUCUCUAUGUCCAGCUGCCUCCGGGGGAGGGGAGGCAAGGAGGGCGCCCUGGAGGGAGAGGACGCCCUGCAAGAGCCUCCCCACCUGACUCCCGCGGCCGGUGAUGUCGGGGCACUUGGGAGUGGCAUUCGUGAGCGUGCUGGGAUAGGCGUUCUCUGCGCCCUGUUUUCACAUGGAGAAUAAAACAAAAUGAAAUACUUUGUCCGCA